AUAGAGGGCCACGUACACGAAGAUGGAGGACGCAGCAUACAGAGUGGACAAACAUCAAAGACACAGCCCACAGUCAGGAUGAGGAUGCGCGCGUCGCACUCACAGGCUUUGCUCAUCCUCCUCCUCUCCUCUCUGAUCGCCGGCGCAGCCAAUGCCGAGCCCUCUCGCGACCCUACGAAUAAGGAUUGCCACCCCGGCGACAAGGCCGCGCUGCUCGCCAUCAUGGCCGCCCUGGGGCAGCCAGAGCCGCCCUACCCCGACAACUACUGUUGCGACUGGUACUACGUCAUCUGCGACGACCUCGGGCGCGUCGUCGGGCUGGAGCUCUUCCAGCAUGCCGAGCUCACGGGGACCAUCCCCGACGCCGUCGGCGACCUCGCCCACCUGAAGAACCUCUUGCUGCACAAGCUCCCGGCGCUGACCGGCCCCAUACCACCGGCGAUCGGCAAGCUCACCGACCUCACGAUGCUCCGCAUCUUCUGGACGGGCGUGUCAGGCCCCGUGCCGUCCUUCCUAGGCGCGCUAAAGAAGCUCACCUUCCUCGACCUCUCAUUCAACUCGCUCUCCGGCGCCAUCCCGGCCUCGCUGGGUAGCAUCCCCAACCUGUCCGGCAUCAACCUCAGCCGCAACCGCCUCACCGGCUCCAUCCCGUCGUUCAUCAGCAAGACUGCGGACCAGGUGUACCUCUGGCUGUCGCACAACAACCUCACGGGGCCCAUCCCGGCCGAGUUCGCCGCCGUGAACUUCGCGCACCUCGACCUGUCGCGCAACGCCUUGACCGGCGACGCGUCGGGGCUCUUCGGCGGCGGGAAGGAGCUAGACUACAUCGACCUGUCGCGCAACUCCCUGGAUUUCGACCUGUCAGGCGUCGUGUUCCCGGCGGGCGUCGAGUCCGUGGACCUGAGCCACAACGCCAUCAGAGGCCGCAUCCCGGCGCAGGUCGCGUACGUCGACGACCUAAGGUACUUUAACGUGAGCUAUAACCGGCUCUGCGGCGAGCUGCCGACCGGCGGGAAGAUGCCCGAGUUUGAUCUCUAUGACUACCAGCACAACAGGUGCCUCUGCGGUGCGCCCCUCUUCCGUCCGUGCAAGAAAUAGAUUUACGGUCCGGUUUGACAGAGUAACGAGAUGAUGCUUGCUUCACUAAGUAUGCCAGUAUGGGUUUUGCUUCAGUGUCCGUGUCCCCUUUACAAACUUUGGCCUCA